GCAUACUCACAGACGCCAGUUUAUCUCUCACUACCGUCCACGAGAGGCGUUCACGACUUAAUUUUUAUACCAAAAAAUAUUUUUUGUAAAUCUCAAAAUGUUCAGAUUCUUGAUUCUUGCGUUUGUUGCGACGGCGUUCGCUGACACUCAUGAUGGACCCUGCCCUGAGGUCAAGCCGGUUGAAAACUUCAACUUAACUGCUUACCAAGGCGUCUGGUAUGAAAUUUCAAAGCUACCCAUCGCGUCAGAAGGCAAAGGCAAGUGCGGCCAGGCUGAAUACACCCUGAAUGGUGACGAGGUCAAGGUCAAAAACUCACACGUCCUUGAUGGAGAGCAGAAGUUUAUUGAGGGCACCGCUAAGUUUGCCGCUGAUGCCAACAACGCUGCCAAGCUCCUCGUGUCCUUCAAAUUCGGAGAAUUCGUAUCCGAGUCUGGUCUGCAGAUCCUGACGACUGACUACCACAGCUACUCUAUUGCUUACAACUGCAAGUACGACGAGAAGACCAAGACUCACAAUGAGCAAGCCUGGAUUCUCUCAAGGUCCAAAUCCUUGGAGGGCGAAGCCAAGACCACCGUUGACGCGUUCCUGAAGGAACAUUCCAAGGUCAUUGACUCCACCAAACUGGUUAAAACUGAUUUCUCCGAAGAGGCCUGCAAGUUCACCGGCUCCAGCGUCAUGACAGAACAAACUGCCAAGCCUUGAAUUUUUGAAUUUCGAAGAUCAAUUUAAAAUAGGAACGCAAAGCUAUGGUGAUAUGAACCUUGUUUUUGAACACCAGUACUGAUUCUUUUUGAUUGUAGACUUUCGGCUGUUUUCAAUAUUCUGUCUAUCGUUUGAUUAUGCUUACUAUGAAUGUAGUUACGUCGUCAGUUCAAUCGCGACGUGUCAGGAACGCAUUCUCUGAAUGGCCGAACUAUAGGGAUAGAAUUUACACCAUUUACCCAUACAGGUAAUGUCAAAUUCCUAUCUUUAGUAAGCAAAUCCGCGGAUAUGUAGUUGGGAACGGACCUUGUUUUCUAUGUAGUUGAUCUUAAUAUGUAUUGUAGUAACUUAUGUUUAUUUUGUUGAAAUUGUGAGUAUUGAUGUUUGAAGUUAAGGUUCUUCUUCUGCAAAAUUGUUUUGACGUCAAGUUUAAGAGAAUUUGAUGAUGCGAAAUGCUCUCGAAUAUUUUUUACAGAUAGUGCAAAAUAAUUGCAAAAUAUGAAUACAUCUUCAGAUUUUCUAUAAUUUGACGUUAAAUUAGAUUCAGCUUUUGAAAAUAUUACGAAAUAAUAAUGAGUGUAAUUGUGACUGUCGUCACCUAGCCCUAAAUAUUAUCAAAUAAUAUUAAUUUAUUUUACAAGGCGCCACGAUGACGGGCCUCUUAAGAACACAUUAACUUUCUAUUUUAUGGAUAGGGAUAUUUGACGGCUGACAUGGAGUGCAAUAAAUACUUAACAAAAUAUUUUAAGUGUCUAAAAGUUUCUCACAGCAAAGCAAUCAAACAUCUGCUAAGCAGGACUUACAAGCCGUUGCCAACCGUUAAGGCAAUUAGGACCUUGAGACAAAGGACUCAAUAUUGAAUAGAAGUGCACAUGUGCCAAAUCCCAAACGGACCCCGACAGCGAUGCUUAGAACAAUUGAGAAUAUGUACAAAAAGACUAAUAAAUCUAUCUUAUAACAAAUAGACGAAUACGCGAAACAGGACCUUAAGAAUAGGGUGGAGUCAGCGCUGAAGGUGGGACUUGCGAGGAUGUAGGAAGGGAUAGCAGGCCACAAGGGUUUGCAGGGAACUGAAGCAGGGACAGUUGGUCCUAGGUCGCGCAGUAGGCUAGUACUCUGACCGAAAUUAGGAGACGCCUCAUGGAGGCUAGAGCUAAGUUGUGAAGUAAUAGUGAGUCAUGAAAGCCAAGUGAAUCUGGGGAGGCGAAGGUGCAUGGUCGAAGUGAUCUGCGCGAGAGUGUGGUAUUGUGGUGGUAACUAAGUCGUAGGAGCGUAUACCUAACACCCACGGCCGGUCAUCCGGAGGAAGAAGGGAAACGUUCUUCGGGCAAGCGACAAGGAGGACUCGCGUGAGUAAGUCGAAUAGGUCCGGGUGCAGGAUAUUGAUCGGUGAGUGGUUUAUAUCGAUGUUAUGGGUAUUACAUCAUUAUUGUCUUUUAUUUUAGUGUGCUUCAUGCACUGCGUAGGGAAUCGAGUAGUGCCCUGGUUCGGGAUUACCACGGCGACUGCGUGACCACAGUUGUGGGACCUUAAUUAUGAAAUUCGGCUGUGAUCAACACCCCUAGGCUGUACUUUCUAGCUGCUCUGGUAUUUAAACAUAAACGUAUUGCAAAGCGUGAGACGAGACUUGGCAAUAGCGUAAUGGUACUGUGCACUUUCGUAAGCGUAAGAAUACUGAGCUUUGUUUUAUGUAACGCGCUUCUAUCUAUGUAUAUAUCUGGCAUGUUCUCUCCCGACUACACUGAGGUAUCCCAGACUCGCGUUUGGUUAUAGGGAAACGGAGAAGGCCUUCUACUACACUUACAAUAAUGACACAGUUACACACCCAUACCCUUGCCGUGGACUAGGGCUCCCACAAAUCGAAUACACAAUUGGAGGGCAGAACCGUAUUGACUGACCGCGGUUCAUUAUUACAUAACGGCUCAUGGCCGUAUGAUUUAUGUUACGUCAUUAAGAAUACACGUUAUCCCAUAACAGGAUACAAUUAAACCAAACGCUAGUUACAGUUACUUCUUAUGGACUGACAAACCGGCAGCUUCUUCUGUCUUGCAUUUGUUGUACGCACUCUUCCAGGGAGCGGGGGUAGGCUUCACAUACUUCCCCUAACAAAACUAAACCAUAGACCCGUCCUGAUGGACGCUAGGGACCGUGUCUUGCCAUCACGCAUACGGCUUCAUGAGUCGAUCAAUGAUUUUGUGUUGAUGGUGAAACACGCAGACUGGACUAGGCUAGAACGGGGAGAUUAAGGAAGAGGAAGUGACGAAUUACCACUUCGGUGUAUACCAGGUGUAUUCAUAGAGAAAGCUACCACCGACUGACCAUACACUGCGCUUGCGCUAGUUUGAUCUUUGUAAGGGUAAAUCGGUCCGUAACGGGAAUCCAUCAAUUGUACGCGUUCAUUCUAACUGGAGACUUAUCUUACCCAAUGGCAGUAGUACUUCGCAGUACUCUGUCUUAGGAUUGGGUGCGAUAUUUUAUAUAUAGGGAACGUGACGGCUAGAACCUUCUAUGUUAGCCCUAGACGUUCACGUGCGGAGUGUCAGCCACUCUAGGGUGGCUACACGUCACUAAACUGGGGAUUGUAGCAUUAGAGCAGUAUAUUAUUAUAACCUAAAGCGCAAGCUCUAUGUAUUUCUUCUGUUAGGUUUCGUUAGGUAGGUUUGCUAUCCCUCUCACUCUCUAAUAGUUUCUAUAAUUCAAUUUGUACCCUGCAUGUUAAGUCUGAUUUGAUUUGCUGACGUCUCGUCUACCCCUGCCCUUAGUUUUUAUUAGACGGGACUAAUGGUAAAGUUAAUGCAUGGUCCUCUAAGGUGGAAGAGCGUCCAGUAAGGUGACGAGCUCUACAGGGUUGCGCGGAUGGCGGGGCGCAACCUCUUCCCCUUCGGGGGAAGCCUGCGGUAUUUAUAUGUUAGGAAAAGCGAAAAAUUUUACAGCCUAGGGGUUGAUCAGGAACUGUUACAUUUGGCGCUGCGUGACCAGGAUUCUCGUCAUUAAAUGUACUGAUUCACUUCAGUACAACGAGAAUAAAAGAACUAAAUCGGUUACUACACAAAAACACAACGUAGAUUUGAUUUCAUACUUAUGGUCCUUGACGAGGCAUUACGGCAAUAAAACAGCAUUGGGUUCGAUUCCCUGUGAUUUUUAUACAACGUGAUGAACUGUGAGUUCAUAUGGCGAUGAUUACGGUUACGGGUUCGACUCCCUAACUGAAGUGUUGUAUAAAACGAGUCAUAAUUACGACGGAUUCUAGUUAUGGGUUCGAUUCCCUAACGAAGACCUAGACUCUGGCUAGAGGUGAAAGAUGAUGCAAGAAUUAAGAGUUAACUACGGUUAUGAUUUACGGUAAUGGGUUCGAUUCCCAUAUGUUACCAAGGGCGUGAACUGCAUAUCCUUAUGGAUGGAUUAAUACAGUUGGAAAUACAGUUGUGGGUUCGAGUCCCUAACAAAAGUGUGCAGCCUAGAGGUAUUUAUGUAUGUGGUUUUAAGUAUGAAAGAAAUGAAUAUGUGAAAUACUAAGAUAGAAGAAAUGGGCAGAUGGCUAGAGGUAGGAUGUUGGUUCUGAAAUUUUGCUAUAAGCGUAAAACUGUAUAAUGGCAAUAAGCGUAUUUGCAUAAGCGUAAGGAUAGAAUUAGUGUAAGAAUACUGAGCGUACUUUAAAGAAAAUAAACGUCAUGGCUGUAAACCCCGCUUCUAUAUAAGUAUAUAACGACGUAUAUUUUCCCGAUUACAUUGCGGAGAAGGCCUUCUAGAAAUUACACUGGAGUAGGUAAUAAUACAGUUACACACCCACAAAUUUGCCGUGGACUAGGGGCAUGCGCUUAUAAAAUACACAUCUGGAAGGCAGAACCGCAUUGAUAAAUCAUUGCGAUAUCAUUUUGUCACAACCUUAGCACUUUGCUUCGGUCUGUGUGGUUAAUACACUAAUCUAUAUUUUUACACGAGUUCAUAAAAAUAUAAUUAUAAUUACUUUUAGUUUAACUGACGAACCGACAACUUCCUCUAGGUUGUAUUUACGUGUGAUUUAAAUAUUCAUCUUUGAAAUUUCUUCACACAUAGGAAUCAAUAUAUUGUGUGGCUAUUUGUAAAGCCUCUGUCUUCUGUAAAUAGAUACUUGGCUGGUUUUGUUUUAAAUUCCAGGACACUAACAGACUUCAUGUACGAGCCUACACAGUUUCGACAUCAUUUUUCUGCGUCGCUUGGGUUCAAAGUUUCAUCAAAAUCGUCGUGCGCGUACGUCGGCUGAUGUACCUACGUACUAGCAGCCCUAGUGUGGAUGCGGUUGCGAAGCUAAGUUGCCAAAUUAUUUAAGUUAAUCGAUAGUGCUUAAUCAUAUUCCAGCUCGUGAUGAUUGAAUCAAUGUGGAUAUGAGCUAUCACGGCUGUGUGGAAUGCACAGUGUAUCCUUUAAUGACAGACUUAUAUUGGCAUUUCCAUUUAAAUCGGUUAAAAAAAAAAAAAAAAAAAAAAAAAAAAAAGGGAACUGAAUUAAUGUUUGUUCAAUGUUCUGUCUUAUUAGUUGAUUUACAACCGGCUCUAUCCUCUUAGAAUCGGAGGGGGGUAAACCCAGUUGGGACGAAUUUUUACAUUCUUAUAAAUAAAUUAUACAACUAUCAUUGGAUUAACUUCCAAUUAGAAUCAACUUCUAAUUAGUACAUGUGCGAACUAUUCCAGGAUAAAAAUGCUGCAAUAAUUAUCACGACGCAACGGAGAGGCCUAAGUUCAGCAGCUGUAGUAGGCUGAGUUGAUAAGGGAAGGUAACGCGGUGCCAUAAUGAAAAGCUCUAGUAGAAGAAACUCUGGUAUGUAUAUUCAACUUAUAAGCAUGCGCAGAUUCUUCUACUAGACCGAAACCAGAGUGAUUUCAUCAAAACGUUGUUUCAUCUAGUUCUAGUACGAAUCUUAUUGGUGGAAAUAUUCCGUUAGACAAGCCUUAUGUUUUAACUGACUGAUGCUAGGAGCUCUCCGGCCUAUUGUGAAAUCUCAUACGCUGUACUGCGUCACGCGUCUGAUUUUCAGAGGGGGGAAUGUGACUGUCGUCACCUAGCCCUAAAUAUUAUCAAAUAAUAUUAAUUUAUUUUACAAGGCGCCACGAUGACGGGCCUCUUAAGAACACAUUAACUUUCUAUUUUAUGGAUAGGGAUAUUUGACGGCUGACAUGGAGUGCAAUAAAUACUUAACAAAAUA